AUGGGUCGGCAGCCGCCGCUGCCCCGCGCCGCGGCCGCUCUGCUCUGGGGCUUCCUGCUCCCUCUGACAGCUGCUCACGAAGCAAUCCUCCAUGCCUCUGGCAAUGGCACACCUUCACCAUCUAAGGACUACUGCAUGCUAUAUAACCCUCACUGGACAUCUCUUCCAAGUACCCUAGAAAAUGCAACUUCCACUAGUUUGAUGAAUCUGACUACCACACCACUCUGCAACAUUUCUGAUAUUCCUCCUGAUGGAAUAAAGAACAAAGCAGUUGUGGUACCGUGGGGAACCUGCCAUUUUCUGGAAAAAGCCAGAAUUGCACAAACAGGAGGUGCUGAAGCUUUGCUGGUCGCCAAUAACAGUGUCCUAUUUCCUCCCUCAGGGAACAAAUCUGAAUAUCUUGAUGUGAAAAUAUUGAUUGCAUUUAUAAACCACAAAGACUUUAAAGAUAUGAAGCAGACUCUCGGAGAUAACGUCAUUGUGAAAAUGUAUUCUCCAUCGUGGCCUGACUUUGACUAUACUAUGGUGGUUAUUUUUGUAAUUGCUGUAUUCACUGUGGCAUUAGGAGGAUACUGGAGCGGGCUAAUUGAAUUGGAAAACAUGAAGGCAAUGACAAACACUGAAGACAGAGAAAUGAGGAAAAAGAAGGAAGAAUAUUUCACUUUUAGUCCUCUAACCGUUAUAAUAUUUGUGGUCAUCUGCUGUAUUAUGAUGGUCUUACUUUAUUUCUUCUACAAAUGGUUGGUUUAUGUUAUGAUAGCAAUUUUCUGCAUAGCAUCAGCGAUGAGUCUGUACAACUGUCUUGCUGCACUAGUUCGUAAGAUACAAUGGGGACGAUGCACGAUUACCUGUUUUGGCAAGAGCUUUGAAGUGAGACUUUAUUUUCUCUCUGGACUGUGCAUAGCAGUAGCUGUUGUUUGGGCUGUAUUUCGAAAUGAAGAUAGGUGGGCUUGGAUUUUACAGGAUAUCUUGGGGAUUGCUUUCUGUCUGAAUUUAAUUAAAACACUGAAGUUACCCAACUUCAAGUCAUGUGUGAUACUUCUGGGCCUUCUUCUCCUCUAUGAUGUAUUUUUUGUUUUCAUAACACCAUUCAUCACAAAGAAUGGUGAGAGUAUCAUGGUUGAACUUGCAGCUGGACCUUUUGGAAAUAAUGAAAAGAAUGAUGGAAACUUGGUGGAAGCCACUGCUCAACCAUCAGCUCCCCAUGAGAAAUUACCAGUAGUCAUCAGGGUACCAAAACUGGCCUAUUUCUCAGUAAUGAGUGUGUGUCUCAUGCCAGUUUCAAUAUUGGGUUUUGGAGACAUCAUUGUACCAGGCCUGUUGAUUGCAUACUGUAGAAGAUUUGAUGUUGAGAUUGGUUCUUCUAUAUACUAUGUUUCCUCCACAAUUGCCUAUGCCAUUGGCAUGAUUCUUACAUUUGUUGUUCUGGUGCUGAUGAAAAAGGGCCAACCUGCUCUCCUCUAUUUAGUACCUUGCACACUUAUUACUGCCUCACUUGUUGCCUGGAGACGAAAGGAAAUGAAAAAGUUCUGGAAAGGUAGCAGCUAUCAGAUGAUGGACCAUCUAGACUCUGCAACAAAUGAAGAAAACCCUGGGACUGCUGGUGAACAGAUUGUCCAACAAUAA